AUGCAAGCUGGGGCGCUUGUGCCGGACGACCUCAUUGUGGACAUGAUAAUGAACUCUGUCGACGAGAUCCAAACAGAAAGGGUCCUACUCGAUGGUUUUCCUCGAACGAGAGUCCAGGCAGAGGCCCUUGAGAAGCGCAAAAAGGUCGACCUUGUUCUCAAUCUUGCGGUGCCAACCGAAGAGAUAGUCAAACGUAUUACUAGCCGCUGGAUCCAUCCUGCAUCUGGACGCACCUAUGCGUAUGACUACAAUCCCCCAAAGGUUGAAGGACAAGACGAUGUUACCGGCGAGCCACUCGUCCAGCGGGACGAUGACAAGCCAGAGGCUGUUCGAGCCAGGCUUCAGGACUAUGAUCGCGAAACGUUGCCGCUACUGGAGUAUUAUGGCGUUCCACACUGA